AUGAUGUCCGAAUCGAGCGUAAAGAGCGGCACAUCGACCCCGAAACGCGCUCUGUCAUCGGCCUACCCCUCCCAUGGCGAGGGACAUGAGGAUACGAGGCACAAAAACGGUGAUAGGAUCGACCGAACCGCGACAAGCACUCCGACACCAUCGGGAGCACAGGCGCCAGCGGCCAAAGGCAAACUCACCAUCAAGAUUACCGAGGCCAGAGGUCUAAGGAAGUGUCAAGAUCCCUACGUCGUUGUGGUUUUUCAACGCAGCGAACUCAUCUCCUCUGGGCCUCGCCCGACCGAAAAUGACGAGGAGGCCGCGAUUUCUGCUGUCUCUAUGGGUGGCUUGCCGAUGAAGCGACAGGGGAGCGAUUCCGGUAGGGCCAUGGCUAUCCCGAUGCGAAGCAGACAGAGCAGCAACACCAGCAUUACCGACUUCGACGCCUUCCGUAACCGCACCGGUCGCCGUUCGUUUACCAGCCCGAAGUGGGAUGCCGAGGCCAUCUUCGAUGUUGUUGCCUCGGACAAACUCGUCGACAUCUCCGUCUACGGCCGCGGCCAAUCCGGAGAGGAGUUUCUCGGCCACGUCGACUUUCAAGCGGUGACCUCGGAGAGAGAGGCGCCGGUCAGGGGCUGGUUCUCCCUGAGGGGCCACGCGGAUACCAUGGCCGAGAACGCACCAACGGGCGAGAUCUUCGUGGAAUCAUUCUUCCAGCGGGCCGAGCAGAAGCACUUCGGACCCGGGGAUUUCCAGAUCCUCCGGCUCAUCGGCAAGGGGACCUUCGGCCAAGUAUACCAAGUCCGGAAGAAGGAUACCAAGCGCAUCUAUGCCAUGAAAGUACUGUCCAAGAAGGUUAUUGUUCAGAAGAAAGAGGUGGCCCAUACUGUCGGCGAGCGCAACAUUCUGGUGCGGACCGCCACGGCCGAUUCUCCGUUUAUCGUCGGCCUGAAGUUCUCUUUCCAGACGCCGUCCGAUCUCUAUCUCGUGACCGACUACAUGUCCGGUGGGGAACUGUUCUGGCAUCUGCAGAAGGACGGCAAGUUUGAGGAAAAGCGGGCCAAGUUCUACAUCGCCGAGCUCAUCCUUGCCAUCCAACACCUGCAUCAAAACGACAUCGUCUACCGCGACCUGAAACCAGAAAACAUCCUCCUAGACGCCAACGGCCAUAUUGCCCUCUGCGACUUUGGGCUUUCCAAGGCCAACCUAACCAAAAACGACACCACCAACACUUUCUGUGGCACGACCGAGUACCUUGCCCCCGAGGUUCUUCUCGACGAGACUGGUUACACUAAAAUGGUGGAUUUCUGGUCCCUGGGCGUUCUUGUGUUCGAAAUGUGUUGUGGCUGGAGUCCUUUCUACGCCGAAGACACGCAGCAAAUGUACAAAAACAUCGCUUUCGGCAAGGUCAGGUUUCCGCGCGACACUCUCUCCCUAGAAGGGCGGAACUUCGUCAAGGGAUUACUUAACAGGAAUCCGAAACAUCGGCUCGGCGCGACAAACGACGCAGAGGAGCUCAAGGAACACGCCUUCUUCGAUGAUGUCGAUUGGGAUGCGCUUUCCAAGAAGCUCAUCACGCCGCCCUUCAAGCCGCAACUCAAGAGCGACACCGAUGUCUCGUACUUCGACCCCGAGUUCACCAAUGCCCUCAACACCAACGGGUCCCUGAACGAGCGCGCUGCGGCCCUGGCCAAGGGAUACGCGACCUCCACGCCACUCUCUCCUUCGGUGCAGGCCAACUUCCAAGGCUUCACCUUCGUCGAUGAGAGUGCCCUUGACGACCACAUGAAAGAUCGGUACGGCAAGUACGAAGACGAAGAAAUGGACGACGCCGACCGCAAGAGAGAUGAUGAUUGGGAUGACAUCAACGACGCCGACGUCCGGAGCUCCAACCGGAUGAGCGGGAUCGUCCGGGGCAACACCAAUGACGAGCAAAUGUUUGGCGCUUCCGGCUUCGACAUGUAA